AUGUUGGUGAUUUUGCCGGGUAAAUGUUUUGAGCAAAAAGCAGCAUGUGUUUUUAGACACGGUAACAAAUUUGCCAUAUAUCCUCGUAGCCAGACAACCUCCAAUACUCCAAUAGCAAUAGAAAAUCAAAUACUAGAUAUACGUCAAGACAUUUUGUUAUUUACUCCGAUUUUACGUAAAUUAGUCAACGAAUCCAAUGGGACAUACUUGUCGCUUCAAAAAGCUGCUGAAACGGCAAAAACUUCUGAUAACCAAGUGGAAUUUUUGAAACUUUCACGACAGUAUCGGUCUAUAAUAAGAGUGUGCAUUGAAAAUUUGCAAGAGGCGGCAGCGAAAGAGACUGACGGCGUCAACAAGAACAGUCUACUUUCUUACGUUACAAUUUUUUAUUCUAUAGAGUGUAUUUGGCACUUGUGUGAAAUUCUUUAUGUUGAUAAUAUACCAGGGGAUAUUGUAUUGCCAUUUCUUUUGGAAUGGGUGAGAUUUCACUUCCCAUGCCAUGAACAAACAGCAGCACAACUUCUUGAGGCAUGUGAACGAGGAUCAGAGGAUCACCCUGAGUAUUGGGAUACUGUCAUCGGAAUGGUAGUCCAAGGAAGAGUAGAUGUAGCUAGAGCACUCAUGAAAUUACAUUCAUCUGUAGAUUCAAAUGAAUUCAAAUUAGUAGAUAACUCAUUAAGAAGUAUGCCUGUUUACAGUAUAUAUGGUGGUAUAUCAACAGGGGAAUUUACCAUAUCCUGGAAACAUUGGCAGGCCGAAUGUCGUUCUAAGUUAACUAGUCGUGUUUUAUCAUCACAACCAAAGCUCGAACUCAUAAUGCGUCUCAUAAUAGGUGAUUACUCCGCGUUCGAGUCCAUUAGGGACAUGUAUACGUCGUGGUUCGACUUGUUGGGUGGAUGGGUUAUGUUUACGUCGCCGUGGGCGCGAAGGCAUGAGCUGGGGGCGGCGGCGGCGGCGUGCGCGGGCAUGACGGCGGCAGCGGCCGCGCCCCGCACGCAUCUGGAUCUGAUGGUGCGGGCGCUGCUGGACGGCGACUUGCAUCAAGUGAUACACGAAAUCCAACAGAUGUCAGACAAUGGCUGGUUCGCCACCCAUUUGACCGACAUACUGUUCCACUGUGGGAAGCUGAAGAUAUUGGACAAACAUCAGACUAAUGUGACAGGUCGUCUCCGAGACAGUUUGGUCUUAGAAUACGGUUGCCUUCUGAUGGAGCAUAAGUCCCUAUGGUCUGUGGGAUUAUCUUACUUGGCAACGUGUCCACCGGAGGGCUUAAGGCGUGCUGAGCUGAUACUGGAGAGGAUGCCGUUACAUUCAAAUGCUAAAGCUAUGAGACUCCUCGCUGAAGCGAAGAAGUACGGUUUACAUGAACUGGCGCGCGGGGUGUGCGUGUGCAUGAGCACGCGCGCGCUGGGCGUGGACGGGGGCGGGGGCGGGGGCGCGGGGGUGGGGGCGGCGCUGGCGUGGGCGGUGCGCGCGCGCGGGGGCGGGGGCGGGGGCGGGGGCGCGGCGUGCGGGCGGGCGGCGGCGCGCGCGCUGCGGGCGUACGGCGCGCGGGGGGCGCUGCCGGCCGCCGACCUGCUGCUCACCGCCGGCCCGCACCUGCUGCUGCACGACACGCUGCUGCUGCUGGGAAAAUACUGCGAUUUUCACAGACUGUAUAAGAAUAGAGAAUUCAAAAAAGCUGGCAAAUUACUGGUGUCUCUAAUAACUUCGAAAAUAGCUCCCGAUUACUUCUGGGAGACUCUUUUAUUGGACACUCUACCUCUAUUAGAAUCAGAUGAGCUCAUCUUUUCCUCUGAAGACACAUACGAGAUCAUGCUUUGCCUCGAGUUAAAGUCAUCCAGUCUUUCUGGAGAGAAAGCUGAUCUACUAAGAUUAGCAUUGGUGAGGAACUUGGCACGUGCUUCUUUAGCAGGCGAAGAGAGUAGUGGUGAAUAGCUUUAGAUCUUAUAAAAAAUUUGCUCACACUAGGAGAAACAGUGUACAACCAUGUUGUUAUUAUCAGAUUGUACUUACUUCCAAAUAAGUAUUAGAUUUUUCUGCCAUAAAAUGUUCAUAGGUCCCAUGUCGACUUUCCCAUUAUUCAAUAAUAAUCUUUGAAUUAUAGUGAAUUAUGAUGCUGUGAAUAUCUUUGUAAUGAAUUAUAAUUCACUUUGUUUUAAAUUAUAAUCAUUUUCUGUGUUUUGAAUCUGUAAAUGUUUGUUAUUUUUAUACUGCUUCAGGAAGCAAGAUAAAAAGAGUUUAAUGAAACUGUAAUAUGGAAAUAUGUAUGAAUGGAACAAUAUAAUAUUUUGCUACAUUGUUGUUUUUUUUUUCUUUUGUACAUACAUAUAACAUGAAAGUAGCAAUUUAUAAUGGAUCUGUACAGUUGCGGAGGAAAUUAGGACAUAUCAAUUGUUAACAAUUCUGUUGAAAGUUUUGGUUCUAUCACCAAUUUUAAUUCUGUAUUUUACUAACAGAAAUAAAAUUAUUACAGUAUAAG